UAUAUAUGAGGCUCAGGCUCAGGCUCCUCUCCAUGGCGUCAUCCCAUUUUCACUUCAAAAUAGUUCACAGAGCUGGUGGUCCAGACUCCGGAGAAGCAGAAAGCAUUGGGAAGAAAAUGAAUAAGGGAAGGAAUCCAAACACCCAACCGUAGAAGUCUUAUCCAUCCUCCUUUUGUUCCGUCUGAGUCGUUGAUACUGUUGUUUCUACCUCUUCCAAACCCUCACUCACUCUCCUUGUUCCUCCACUUGCCAUUUUUUUAAGCCAAGUAUUCUACCAUUUCCUCCUUGUCUUCUUCAUCCUUUGAAGCCCUCCCACCAUAAUAUAUAUAUAUAUAUAUAUAUAUAUAUAUAUAUAACACCAACACUCAUCUCUGGAAGCAAUUCCAUCUUUGUCUCUCUUACUUAUCUCCAUUUUUGGAUCAGAGCCAGCUAGCUUAGCUGCCAUGGAAGGUGGAGAAGGAGCCCGGAGACUACCAGAUUUCUUACAGAGUGUGAAUCUCAAGUUUGUGAAGUUGGGUUAUCAUUACUUGAUGACCAAUUUCUUAACCUUCUUCCUCCUCCCUCUCAUGGCCGUGGUGGUGAUCCAGGCUUCGCAGUUAAGCCCUGAUGAGAUUCGCCACCUAUGGCUGCAGCUUCAGUAUAACCUGGUAAGCCUCAUAGUGUGUUUGGUCUUCUUGGUAUUCGGGGCAACCGUAUACUUCAUGACCCGACCGACAGACGUCCACCUCAUCGACUUCUCCUGCUACCGUCCUCCACCUCACCUCAAAGUCCGAUUCGACAAGUUCAUGGAUCACUCAAGACUCAUGGGUCACUUCAACGAUUCAUCACUCGAGUUCCAACGCAAGAUCCUGGAACGAUCUGGACUCGGUGAAGAGACUUACGUCCCUGAAGCUAUGCAAUACAUCCCUCCACGUCCGUCCAUGGCGGCGGCUAGAAAGGAGGCCGAACAGGUCAUGUUCGGUGCUCUUGACAUUCUUUUUAAGAACACAAAUCUCAACCCAAAAGACAUUGGUAUCCUCGUCGUGAACUGUAGUCUCUUCAACCCAACUCCUUCUCUUUCCGCCAUGAUCGUAAACAAGUACAAGUUGAGGGGUAAUGUUAAGAGCUUCAAUCUCGGUGGAAUGGGUUGUAGUGCUGGAGUGAUCGCCAUUGAUCUAGCCAAGGACAUGCUACAGAUCCACAGGAAAACCUACGCCGUCGUAGUUAGCACAGAGAAUAUCACGCAAAACUGGUAUUUCGGGAACGAGAAGUCGAUGUUGAUACCCAACUGUCUCUUCCGUGUGGGCGGCGCCGCCGUGUUAUUAUCCAACAAAGGCGGCGACCACCGGAGGGCGAAGUACAAGCUUCUCCACGUUGUGAGGACCCACUGUGGGGCCAACGACACGGCAUUCCAUUGCGUGUAUCAAAAGCAGGAUGGCGUAGGAAAUAUCGGCGUGUCGUUAUCUAAAGAUCUAAUGGCUAUCGCCGGUGGUGCAUUGAAGGCUAACAUUACAACCCUGGGCCCACUAGUCUUACCAAUCAGUGAGCAGCUUCUCUUCUUCUUCACUCUAGUAGGGAAGAAGCUAUUUAAUGCGAAGGUGAAGCCUUACAUACCUGACUUCAAGUUGGCAUUUAACCAUUUCUGUAUCCACGCUGGAGGGAGAGGUGUGAUUGAUGAGCUGGAGAAGAAUUUGCAACUAUUACCUGUCAACGUGGAGGCUUCAAGGAUGACGUUGCACCGAUUUGGGAACACGUCAUCCAGCUCGAUUUGGUAUGAGCUGGCGUACACUGAGGCUAAAGGUAGGAUGAAGAAGGGACACCGUGUCUGGCAGAUUGCGUUUGGGAGUGGGUUUAAGUGUAACAGUUCAGUGUGGGAAGCGAUGAGGAAUGUGAAGCCUUCUGCAAACAGUCCCUGGGAAGAUAUCCACGAUUAUCCCAUCCAAAUAGUGGCUUAGUCCGUAGCUUUUAUAUAUUUAUAUAUUUUGUCACAUGUUCACGAUUGUCUUAAGCAUAGGAUUCUUUUCUAUAGAGCUCUGGGAAUGGGAAGUCAUCCCACGACUAGGGUGACCUAGCGACGUAUGCCCAGGACCUCCAACAAAGGGGUGGCUUCCUAUUCUUUGAGCUCUAUGGAGAAGAGCCGGAUCCUAAUCCUAAUCCUGAUAGUUUCAUCUUAUUGUAUCUCAUUUAUCUUUUAAGAUUGCAAUUAUAUUAGUAAUUAAUUGUUAAUGGCAAUGUGCAUUACUUUCAUGGUGGCUUAUUUAUUUUAA